CAUGGCGGCUAAAGGUCCCCUGAAGAAGCUCUGCGAGGAAGCCUCUUGCUCCAUCUGCCUGGACUUCUUCAGGGACCCGGUGAUCGUCACCCAGUGCGGCCACAACUUCUGCCGAGCCUGCCUCACCCGCAGCUGGGGGGAGGCGGGGGCUGCUGCAGAGCCUUCCUGCCCCCAAUGCAGAGGAGCAGCUCAGCAGGGGAACCUCCGCCCCAACCAGCUGCUGGCCAACUUUGUCGAAAUAGCUAAGAAAUUCAGCCCUUUGGAAGGGGAGGGGGCGGAAGCGAAGGGGGGAGAAGGGGAAGGGGGCGUCUGCGAGAAGCACCGGGAGCCCCUGAUGUUUUUCUGCGGGGAGGAUGAAGCCGCCCUCUGCGUGACCUGCAGCAGAUCCCAGGAGCACCGAGGUCACCAGGUGACUCCCUUGGAGGAUGCUUCUGGAGAGAAGGAGAGAGUCGUGGCAGCUAGAAAGGAAAGAGUUUGCCAGAAGCACCAGGAGCCGCUGAAGCUCUUUUGCAAGGACCAUGAAGCCCCCAUCUGCGUGGUCUGUGAGCAGUCCCAGGAGCACCAAUAUCACGACAUCAUUCCUGCGGAGGAAGCUGCCCAAGAGUACAAGCAGUGGCACCUGUAG